UGCCAUAGAUUGGAGUAUAUGUGCGGGACAUGGAGGGAUGGAGUCCAUCUCCGUACUGUGGUCUUCCGGGUGAAUUGCACUCAAUCAGUAAGCGUUGCCUGCUUGAAAAUGAAGUGCUUCCUAGAAAGUGUGGAUAAAAAACACAGUCCUAUUGAGCUCCGUGAUGGUGUAGCUGUAAUUCUGGGAAGAAGUCCCCUGACCUGCAUCGCUGACAGGAAAUGCUCCAAGACUCAAGUGGAGCUUGUUGCAAAUAUUGAGAAGAGAGUUGUUCGUGUCACUCAGCUGGGUCCAAACCCCACCACAAUAGGAGAGGUCAAUUUAAAACAAGGAGAGAGCACUCUGAUGAAUGGAGAUCAGACUCUUUACAUGGUGAACUCCUUAUAUCCUUACAUUCUUGUAUUUAAUAAUGAGAGCCCUCACAAUCUCACAAUGGCUGCAAAACCCAAGACUAUGAACAAAAAGCGUGGUCCAGCUGCUUCCCCAAAGAAAACAAUAACAGAUUUUUUUGGUGGGGCUGCAUCAAAAAGCCCAAAGAAAAGUCAGAAAGUGGAAGAUGAUAAAUUGGAACCAAGCAGUAAGAGGACAAAGCGUCAGGAGUCAGAACUGGGAGCAGCUGAAGACAGUGAUGAAGAAAUUUCUAGUAAACUGAAAGAAUUUCAAGAGAUAGCAGCCAGAGCAAGUAACACUAAUAUAAAAAUAUCUUCUGACUCUCCAGAGGUACUGACCGGUAGAAUCUGCAGCAAAGACUCUUGGGAAGAGCAUGGAAAGCUCCUGGUGUUUAACAAGAAAGGUGUCCAAGCUUCUUCCAAGAUUGCUGGAUUUGACAUUGAUGGAACAAUUAUCACAACAAAGUCCGGAAAAGUCUUCCCAACUAAUGCUGAUGACUGGAGAAUUUUGUAUUCUGAGAUACCAAAGAAGUUGAAAGAACUUUUGAAAGAUGGCUAUAAGGUGGUUUUUUUUCACCAAUCAGAUGGGGAUUAGCCGUGGUAAACUGAGGCCUGAAGUUUUCAAAGCGAAAGUUGAAGCAAUUUUGGAUCAACUUGGUAUACCUGUACAGGUGUUUGUUGCGACUGGUGUUGGACUCUAUCGUAAGCCAGUCACUGGAAUGUGGGAUUACCUGUGGGAAAAGGCUAAUGAUGGCAUCAAGAUGCAGAAAGAAGACUGUAUCUAUGUAGGAGAUGCUGCAGGGAGACCUGCAAAUUGGGCUCCAGACCGCAAGAAGAAGGAUUUCUCAUGCAGUGACCGCUUGUUUGCUCUUAAUAUUGGCAUACAGUUCUACACACCAGAAGAGUUUUUUCUUGGAUGGAAGAAGGCUCCGUUUCAGCUUCCUACCUUUAACCCGAGAACACUGGAUCCAAAUGGUCCACUCUAUGAACCCCUGUCUUCCUCUCUGGUGUCAUCUUCUACAGAGGUUGUGGUGACUGUUGGCUUUCCUGGAGCGGGAAAAUCAACUUUCAUAAAAGAACACCUGGUACCGAAAGGCUAUGCAUAUGCCAACAGAGACACACUUGGAACAUGGCAGAAGUGUGUAGCAGCAUGUGAAGAAGCGCUGAAAAAUGGCAAGAGCAUCAUUAUCGAUAAUACUAAUCCAGAUGUGGAGUCCCGUGGCCGAUACAUCAGCUGUGCAAAGAAAGCAGGCGUUCCAGCUCGGUGUUUCCUCUUCAUUGCUACCAUUGAGCAGGCCAAACACAAUAAUAGGUUCCGAGAGAUGACUUACACUGGUAAAGGACAUGUUUCAGUAAACGACAUGGUGAUCAACAGCUACAAGAGCAAAUAUGUGGCACCAUCUCUAAAUGAAGGUUUUAGUGAAAUUCUGAAAAUUAAUUUUGUACCAAGCUUUAAGGAUCCAGAGCUAGAAUCUUUGUAUCUUCAGUUCUCAGAAGGCUAA